CACUAGAGGAGCAGUGGUACGACCCUUCCCCACUUUCUUCCCCAUACCAACCACAUGUUACAAUCACUCUCAAUCAUAUUCAAAAACUAAUUAUCUCAGAUCUCUUAUCACUUCGUCUUCUUCAUUUCACGAUUCGUUUUACUAAUGUCAAAGCCUACUCAUAAUUGUUGUCAUCUUAACCUCAAGGAAACCAGGAAACCAGUGGAACAAAUGAGCGAAUUGGGACGUUACGUUCAGCAAUUUAAGGUAGAAGAGCCAAUUUCUCGGUCACCGGAAUCAUUGGCUACAAGGGAUUUCUCAGCUAGUGGAAUUUCUUCUCGAACUGGCACUGGAGAUUGGGAUUCAAAAUUCGAAGAUGCUCAAGUGGAUGAAGCUGAAUCCACCCUUAAAGAAGCCCUUUCGCUGAACUAUGAGGAAGCCAGAGCUUUGUUGGGUAGACUUGAGUACCAGAGAGGCAAUUUUGAUGCUGCACUUCAAGUUUUCUAUGGAAUCGACAUCAGAAGCUUGUCACCAAGGAUGAUUACGGCGAUUAGUGACAGAACCCUGCAACGAAAUUCCAAGGCCAAAAGGGAAAAAUAG